GAAAGUUUCACUGGCUUCACCUUUCUCUCUUACUUCACGAUCCUAGAGACGAUAGAGGCUCUUAUUGACUAAUUCCUCCUAAUCGUCCAAGAUCGCCGCCCCGAUGCAUCUCUCGACUCGCAUCUGAUGCCUACACCUCAAUUUUGUCGUGACGCUCGAUACCGAUGCCGAUGCGGAUGCCGAUCUCUUGCCAAUUUUUCUUCAGACGACCGAGCUUGCCUGCUAUUAAUGCUGUCAAGCCGGACACAGCGUUCACAAUUCACCGCCUUUGCGCCUAGAUUACCCCAGUCCGCUGUCAGGUCUUUGGGGAGUUAUUUCGUCGACGGCUUGCUUGCACCAUGGUCACGCGCAAACCGCUUCCCGACGAUGCGAACCCUACCAUAACCGGUGGUUCCCCGAGCCAGAACCAACCGUCCGAUUCACGGCUGAACAGCGACUCCAACGCCGAUGCGAACGUCUUUCGGGGCGGCCACGGCGACUCUGGACUUGUCUCAACAUCGCAGCCUUCCUAUCCUCCUGACGUCCCCGACGUCCUCAGGCCUGGCCCUCCGAACUUGCCGAGCACUUCCUCAGUUGUUCCGGGGAUCCCGAGAGGCGAGGGUGAAGAUAGCGACGUGGUCGCAUGGGACAAUGCGGCGAACCCCGCCCUCUCUGCGCCUGGCUUUAAUGAACAAUCCUCUGGGCCUCCGGGUCCUCCGAUGCCAACAGAUUCAAUUGUCACGACGCCGGCGGCAACGCUGGGACGGACCGAGACCAACCCGUUUAAGAGAAAAGAGAGAAAAGAUCUUCCACAUGAAAAAUCCCCAAGCACAUCUGCCGGCACAUCCAAUCUGGCACCAGCACACCCGACGCAGGCGUUCUCGUUCUCGGAUGUUGACAUUACACCAGAGUCCAGCAGUAACCCGUGGCAGCCGAUCGAGAGCGAAACGCAGGCUAGGCCUCCUACACCUCCGCCAUUCCCUGCCGACCUAGGACCAGAACCAGACGUGGACCCGUGGCAGUCCGAACAAACCAGACAGCAGCAGCAGGCCGCGUCCGCAGGCCCCUUAGGACUGGCACUGCCCUCUUUGUCCCCCGAACUUUCCCUUCCGGCUUGGGAUGACGAUGCCCUUCGGCCCGCCAAAUCGUCUGCAUUUCCUCGAGGAGAUGCCAGUGAUCUGACGGGACAAGCUGGGAAUAUUUGGGACGACGACUUCAGACAAGACCGGGGCAAGGGGAAGGAGGCAGCGUCAUGGACUCCUCCUGUCGCCAGAGUCGCUGAGACAGCAGAGGGAGGUUGGAACUCACUAGGCGAUAACCGUCCGGGGGCGUCUCUCGGAAGCAGCGCGCCGCCGGGGAAUUUACCCGAGCAGGCAGCACCCCAGACAGCCGAAGGAGAGCGGUCCUCCCUCGCACCGGCACUGCCCCCGAGACCUACGACAGAUCGACCAGUCUCUCGGCACUCGCCCCGUCCGGUGGACAGCAAAUCGGAGACGUACCAAAUCAAGAAAAUCAACUGGUGCGAUUAUACUGCCAAGGAGAACCCUCGGAUAUCUCCCAUCCUUGUUCAGAGUGCCAAUGGCCCCUGUCCCCUCGUCGCCUUGGUGAACGCCUUGACAUUGACUACACCGGCCGAGCUAAACGACACUACGCUUGUCCAGGUCCUUCGCUCCCGGGAACAGAUUAGCCUCGGACUGUUGCUAGACGCCGUACUGGACGAGCUCAUGUCUCCCAGACGAACCAGGGAAGACGCUUCGCUGCCAGAUGUCGGCGAACUCUACGAGUUUCUCAAGGGUCUGCACACAGGAAUGAACGUCAAUCCGCGAUUCAUUCCGAGCAGUGAGGUCGUCCAAGCGUUCGAGCGGACAGCCAUGACACAGCUCGAUCCAUCCAAGCGGGGUGACUUGAUCCCCGGCACGUUCGAGGAUACCGCCGAGAUGAGCUUCUACGCGGCAUUUUCCAUUCCGCUCAUUCACGGCUGGCUGCCCACCAAAUCCGACCCUGCGUACGGCGCCUUCGAGCGACAGGCUGCAUCCUAUGAAGAUGCGCAAAACCUUCUCUUUCGCGAGGAGGAGCUGGAGCUGAAGUUGAGCCAACCGUCCGGGGACGGCUUGACAGAACCGGAGCAGCAGUUAUAUCAAGACAUCAUCGCAAUGAAGGCAUUCUUCCAAAACUCUGCCACGCAACUGACGCCCUGGGGACUUGAAGUCAUUGCGAAAGCCAUGAAACCUGGUAUGGUCGCCAUCUUGUUCCGCAACGACCAUUUCUCCACGCUCUAUCUCCAUCCGCAUAGCCAUCAACUGCUCGCUCUUGUCACCGACGCCGGCUAUACCUCUCAUGCGGAGGUUGUGUGGGAGUCUCUGACCGACAUCAACGGGCUCAACACGGAGUAUUUAUCGGGGGAUUUCCGGGUUGUCGGCGGUGCCAGCCAGUUUUCUGACGCGGCAGGCCAUUCAACUCCUUGGUACGAAGGACAGCCUUCUUCGUCUACCGAAGACCAAGGCGGGUGGACAACGGUGGGGCCACGAGGAAAACCAGCUCACCCGUCCUCGAGCCAGCCGGGGCUACCCGACGCGACACAGGAGGACCACGACCUGGCACUGGCACUUCAGCUACAGGAAGAGGAAGAUGAACGGCACCGCACCGAGGAGGCGCGCCGACAGCGCGAAAUGCUCCUCAGCGAACAGUACAUCGAGCAACAGGGAAGGCCUGCAGUUCGUCAUGAGACAGGGAACGACGGGAGACGUCGCGGCGGGCGCAACGAUGGCAAUUCGUCCCUCGUCUCUCCGAGGACGUCGUCCAGCACGGUCGCCACGCAACCGGUCACAGCGGUGGCGUCUCCAACGGGGCGGCGACAAAGCGCGCAGGCCCCGACACAACAGGUUCGGCCCUUGGUUCCGCCGGUCAUUCCGCCGCGAGGGCAGCCGGUGAACCGGGCAACGGAGGAUGAAGACGAUGCGCCGCCUUCGUACGAGCAGGCGCAAAGUUCCACUCCGUACGUGCCGCCCGUUGGUCAUCCCAGCCACCCGUCCAGCCUUCCGGGGGCGGCUCAGAGCCUCAAUCAAAACACCGGCAAUAUUCCACCAAGCGUGGCACCAGCGAUGCCCCCUCGGCUGCUACAGCGACCUGGCCAGAGUAGACCGGUGCCAACGGGCGGCACCGCCCAUGCCAGUGGAGGGAAGGAUAGGGAUUGCAUUCUCAUGUGAGGCGGGAAUGUCAAGGAGCAGGAGACACUGUCGUCUGCCUUUUUGGUUCAGUAAGGGUGCUGAGGGCAGGGUGCAUUGGAAACACUAGGGCGGGGCCGGGGGGUGGGGGAGCUGGGAGUUAGUUGGAUCGAAUUGGGUGAUGUUGGUGUUACAUGGUCUUGUCAAAUAGCGGGGAGCCUUGGAUAUGACGACGUCGGAUGUGGCUUGAAAUGCUUUGAAAUGUCGCUCUGGGCUCGAAAUCUCGAAGCCGGAUUUUCUAUCACUACAUUGAACUUAACACAACACUGCCGAUCCGUGGUAAAGAUGUCGUUGAUUUGGAGAAGCUAUCUAUAGCUCCACCCGCAGAAUGACAGUACUGCCUAGGGAAGGUCAUAUAUAACCUGCCUG